AUGAAAGUUGAUCUAGACAAUAUGAGUAGUGAUGAUGAUUUAAUAUUUCAUACAGGUUUGGGAUUCAAGAAACCUAAAUUCAAUCAUGAUGAAGAAAAUGAGAUGGAAAUGGAAAUACCAAAAUAAAAAAUACCUUAAUCAUAACCAUAAAGAGCUCGAUUAAAUCUCUUUUAAGAAGAGUUUGAAUAAACUCCAAAAUAGUAGGUUUAAGAUACUCCUAAUAAUUAACACCAGCAAAUAUAUAAGGAAUAUCAAAGAAAUUAAGCAUUUGCUAAUUUUCAAAAAUCUAAUGCUUCUCUUCUAUCAAAUGUAGAUAAAGGUGUUACUGUGAAAAUAUUUGAUAAGAAUAUGCCUAAGAAUGAAAAAGUUAAUGAAACUGGAUACAUUAUCAAAUAGAAGCGAUCAGUAUAAUUUAAUCUUGAUAAUAAUAUUGUUCAUCCAAUAGUUAAACAUGAAGAUGAGUAUUUAACAUUGACAGAAAAACUACAUCUUUCAAAUAAUAUCAGACGUUCUUGGUAAUUUUAUAGAGUUGAUUCUGAUUCUGAAGUAGAAGCUUAAGAUGAUGAAAGUGAUGAUUCCAUUAUUUAAGUUGUGAGUCAAGCAACUAUUCCUAAACCAAAGGGAAUUUUAAAGAAGAAACUCUAAGUCUUUAAAGAAGAUGAUGGUAAGAAAACAAUUACAGUGGAGUAGGUUGCAUUUAAAGAUAGUAGAAAUAAAAAGAAUUUGAGUUAAAGAGAAAAAAAGAAUUUAGAAAAAAGAGUGGAAGAACAUGAUUAUGGUGUAGGGUUGAAAUUUAUGUAGAAAUUGGGAUAUAAAUAUGGAGAAGGUUUAGGUGCUAAUAAAUAAGGUAUAUUGGAGCCAGUAAUUGCUGUAAAGAAAUAAUCAUUUACAGGGGAAGGAGUUUAGGAGUAUGAAUAUUAAAAUGAGGAAGAAUAAUAAGAAAAUGAGAAUAAUUAGAUUUAAGAAAAUAAAUAGAAGCCUUUUUUUGAAUCUAAGAAAUUGAAUAAAUAUGAGAAAUAAUGGAGAAAAAAGAGGAAUAAGUAAGAUGGAUAAACUAUUGUUUAAAACAAAAAGGAAGAUGUAUUGAAUUUAGAUAGGAAUCAUAUAAUGGGUAAUAUUAUGAGAGAAGAUUAGAAUAAUAAUAAAUAUAAAAUAAUUGAUAUGACAGGUAGUGAUAUUAAUGAUUAUAUAAAUAAGACUUAAGAUGUAUAGAUGUAAAAUAAUAAAGUGGUUAGGGAAUAUUUGAAAGAUGUUCAAGAAUUAACUUGGUCGGUUUAAAAGAUUUUAGAAAAACGUUUAGGAAAAUGGGAGAAUAAUGAAUAGAGUAUUAAAAAGGAGAAGGAUAAAAUGAUAAUUUUAGAACAUGAGAAAUAAGAAGAGUUAAUUUAAUUUACAUAAUGGAAAGAUUCUGUUAAAAGAAAAGAAGACUUUUUAAAUUAUUUAAAAUUUUUUAAGGAAGAUGAAGUUUUGAUUUCAAAUGAUUAAUUUCAUAUAUUUGCAAAGUUUGAAGAAUGUUUUAGAAAGUUUAGUGAUUAAUUCAUUUAAUUCAAUUUAAUUGGAUUAAUAGUUAAAAAUGCUGAAUAAGAGAUUAAGACAUUAAUAAUUAGAUGGAAAGGACCACUUACAAAAAUUGAUAUCUUAUAAAAUGAAUAUUAAUUGAUUUCAUAAGUUAUUAAUUUGGCUAAGGAUGUUUAUAUAUAGAAGAAAUCUUAAAAUUUAUGUAAAUAUGCUGAAUAAUUGGAUGUUUUUAUUAUUAAUAAUUCAAUUUCAAAUUCUGAUCUUAAUACUUUAAAAAGAUUUAUUGGAAUAUUGAUUGCUCCUAUUCUAAUAAGAUUAAGAAAUUAUAUUUCAUAAGUAUUUGAUCCAACAUAAGAAAAUUAUUUAGUAGAAUUCUUAGAAUUAUGGAUGAAAGACUUAGCUUUAGUUGAAACUGAUGAAACAGGAAUCAAUCAAUUUUAGACUAUAAGAUUAUUGGAUUAAUAAGUAUAAAAGGAUAUUAUGGGUAUAGUUAUGUCUAAACUUAAAUUAAAGAUAUAAGAAUGGAAUCUAAAUUAAACAAUAUCUUUACAUUAAUGGUUGUAACCUUGGAUUAAUUCUAAAUUGAACAAUAAGGAAUUACUUGAUGAAGUGGAAAAGAAAUUGAAACAAUUGAAAUUUACUGAUAAAGAUAGCUUUGGUUUUAGUGUACUGUAACCUUGGGCCAGAUAUUUAGGAGAAAAUUGGAAAAAUCUAUUAUAUAUGUCAGUUUUACCAAAGAUGUUGUUCUGUCUUCAUAAUUUAGAAAUCAAUCCAUAAAAUUAGAAUUUGCAACCAAUCAAGGAAAUUUUUAAAUGGAUUGAUGAAAUUGAACCAUAUAUUGAAAUGAUAUUCCAACCAUUAAUUGAGAAAUUAAAUAAUACUUUAGAUAUUUGGAUAUAGCAUUAGGGAUGUAGAGAAGAAAUGAAUAAGUAAAAUGAUUAUUAAUUAUUAUAUAGAUGGUUGGAUGGAUGGGAAAGAUUCUUAAUGAAAAGAGUUAUUUAAAGAGUGUAUAAGUUUUAAACCCAAUUCAAUUCGAUGAAAUAGAAAAUUAUUUGA